AUGUCUGCACCUCUCAUCUUGCUUCCGGGUGAUGAGGUACCCAGCGAUCAUCUACCAUCCAACAACUCGAAUCCCCUCAAAUUAGGCCCAGGCCUUCGUCUUCUGUCGCAGCCGUCGUCCAAGUCUACACCUGCCACUCAUGUCUUGACCGCGACUCAGGCCGGCCUUGUGACAACUGAUGCCAAGCGAAACACCGUCUCACUUCUCUCUUUUUCCAACUGCCGCUACAUUCCCACUGUCAAUGACCUCGUCAUUGCUCAAAUCCACCACUCCAGUGUCGACUACUUCCACUGCAUGGUGACACCACACACAGCGCAUGCCCUUCUCGGCCAAUUGUCCUUUGAGGGUGCUUCAAAGAAAACGAGGCCGAUGCUGAAGCAGGGUGAACUGGUUUAUGCGCGCGUUCUGUCCAUCGGCGUCGGCGCAGGUGCGGAGGUUGAGCUGACUUGUGUCAACCCUGCUACUGGAAAGUCAGACCCUGGUGGACUGGGUCCCCUUAUUGGAGGGAUGGUGUUCGACGUCUCUACCGGCAUGGCAGCUCGCUUACUUCGAGCUAGCUCUUCGUCUGAGCAGAGCGAUAUCAUCGAUGGGCUUGCCGUUCUCUCCGAGCUGGGAAAGAAACUUGAGAGCCUGGGUGGAUUCGAGCUUGCUGUUGGGCGCAAUGGAAAGGUCUGGGUCGACUGCUCCAAUGCCGGGGACAGUGCGAUUAAAGCCACAAUUGCAAUUGGGCGUUGCCUGCAGACCACGGAUGAGAAGAGUUUGAACCCUGCAGAUCAGAAGAAGCUGGUCACGAGAAUUCUGCGCGAGAUGAACCUGGCAUCAUGA